CAUAGUCGAACGUAUACGUAUAGUCAUACGUAUCAAAAAUCAUCAAAAUUUUCAACACUGCAAGUCGAAUUCCAUUAUGUCCGGAAUUGGCAUCAAUGGCUUUGGCCGAAUCGGUCGCAUGUUUGCCCGCCAGGCUCUAGUUCGCAAAGAUGUCAAGAUCGUGGCAAUCAACGAUCCCUCGCUGGAUCCCAAGUACCUGGCCUACAUGCUGCGAUACGACUCCACUCAUGGACAGUUCAAUCAGAAGAUCUCUGUCGACGGGAACAAUCUCGUUGUAAAUGGCAAGAAGAUCAAGCUGCUCAAGGAGUCGGACGUCAAGAAGGUGAAAUGGUGCGACCUGGGCGUGCAUACGGUGGUGGAGUGCUCCGGCCGGUUUACCACCCUGAAAGCCUGCCAAGGUCACCUGGAUAGUGGGGCCAAAAAGGUGGUCAUAUCGGCACCAUCCGCCGAUGCUCCAAUGUUUGUGUGCGGCGUGAAUCUUGAUACAUAUAAACCGGGCACACCAAUCAUCUCGAAUGCCUCGUGCACAACCAACUGCCUGGCGCCGCUGGCCAAGGUGGUGCACGAUAACUUCCAAAUAUGUGAGGGCCUUAUGACCACCGUUCAUGCGGCUACAGCUACCCAAAAGAUCAUCGACGGGCCCAGCAGCAAACUCUGGCGGGAUGGACGCAGUGGCAUGACCAACAUCAUACCCGCAGCCACGGGAGCCGCUAAAGCAGUCGGCAAGGUGAUUCCGGACCUAAACGGGAAGCUCACGGGUAUGGCGUUCCGUGUACCAGUUCCCAAUGUCUCGGUGGUAGACCUCACCUGUAGGCUUUCUAAGCCCGCCAAAAUGGACGAUAUCAAAAAGUGCAUCAAGGAUGCAUCCGAAUGCGAAAUGAAGGGAAUCCUAGGGUAUGUGGAGGAGGAGGUGGUGUCCACCGAUUUUAACGGCUCACGAUUUGCAUCCGUCUUUGAUGCCAAGGCCUGUAUUGCCCUAAGCGAUACCUUCGUCAAGUUGAUCAGUUGGUACGAUAACGAGACCGGAUAUUCCUGCCGGCUCCUUGACCUGGUUCUCUAUGCCCAAUUGGUCGACCAAUGCGAUGCGAAGGAUAAGGGUUGCAAGUAGGAAGAUCCCUGUGAGAAAAAGGAUGA